AGGGCUAAGGUUACCCUGGUAUGUUAAUGACUCCCUGGGGCAGGACUAUAUAACUCCAGAGGGACUGCCCCAGGCUGACUCUCUGCUCCUUUCCAGCCAGAGCCACUGCCUGGCCCCCAGGAGACCUAAGAUAUGGCACCCAAGAAGGCCAGGAGAAAGGCAGUGGCAGAGGGCGGAAGCUCCAAUGUCUUCUCCAUGUUCGAUCAGACCCAGAUCCAGGAGUUCAAGGAGGCCUUCACAGUAAUUGACCAGAAUCGUGAUGGCAUUAUCGACAAGGAGGACCUGCGGGACACCUUCGCAGCCAUGGGGCGUCUCAAUGUGAAGAAUGAGGAGCUAGAUGACAUGAUGAAGGAAGCCAGUGGGCCCAUCAACUUCACUGUCUUCCUGACCAUGUUUGGGGAGAAGCUCAAAGGUGCCGACCCUGAGGAUGUGAUCACUGGAGCCUUCAAGGUCCUGGACCCUGAGGGGAAGGGCACCAUCAAGAAGCAGUUCCUGGAGGAGCUGCUUACCACGCAGUGUGACCGCUUCACCCGCGAAGAGAUCACGAAUAUGUGGGCGGCCUUCCCCCCCGACGUGGGCGGCAACGUAGACUACAAGAACAUAUGCUACGUCAUCACGCAUGGCGACGCCAAGGACCAGGAGUAGCGGACCCUCUUAGGCCUCUGCUGGGCAACGCCUUCCUGCCAGUGCGACCACCCCACCUUGACUCCUAAUAAAUUAAACUGGUCUCGUUUCUUA